AUGGCCAAGGGACGCGCAAAGGAUUUCAAGGAUCCGGAUGAGGAAUUGGCCAAGGAUUACGAUCCCGAAGCCAAUGGGCACAGCGACAACGACAAUGGAAGCGGCGCAAGCGAGGAUGAGCGUGCUGGCACCGAGCACUACGUGACUGUAGGGCGCAGCAAGCUUCGAGAGAAAGAAGGCCUUUCUCUGGGACGCCAGUACCGUGGAUCUCGAGUGUCGCGACAGGCUUUAGAACAGGAGUCGGACGAUGAAGUUGACGAAGACGAAGACGAAGACGAAGACGAAGACGACGAGGAGGAGGAAAGUGAGGACAACGAAGAAUACGAUGAUCCAGAGGAGGCCAACUUGGAAGCCGACACCGCAGAGGCCAGCGACUCGGAAAUCAGCAGCGACAACGCCCUGGCAGAGUCCGACGAUGAGCGAUUGGGCGACUUUGUGUUCCGGGGCAGCUCGAAGCCGAAGAAGCCCAAGAGCAAGCGACCUUCUGCGGCGGACUUUAUGUCUGCGUCUGAGGAUGAAGAGGGUGAGGAUGAGGUGGACGACGAGUCGGACGAAGACGAGGAUAUGGACGACGGCCUCGACGACUUGCUCAAUGGCAUUGGAGGUUCUGACGAAGACGAAGAUGACGACGAGGAAGAAGAUGAGGAGGAAGACGAAGAAGAAGACGACGACGAAGACGAUGACGAGGAAGAAGAUGACGGAAAGGAAUCAGAAAAGCAAAGCGCCAAGCCUUCACUGGCUACUCCAUCAGCCCAGACCGAAGUACAGAAAGGAAUUGCUAUUCAGCAGCAGCGCAAGAUCUACGACGGGCUCUUGAACAUGCGCAUCCGACUUCAGAAAGCGCUCGUUGCGGCAAACACCUUCCCCACGCUAGAUGCAGACUCAAGCUCGGAGACGGAGGCUUACGAAGCCGCUGAAGAAGCGGCCAUCAAACUGCUCAACACCAUCAGCGACCUCCGAGAAAACCUGGCUCCCCCAACCGCCGCAGGCAGCAAGCGGAAGCGAACAUUAGAAAUCGGCCUUUCCAACGAGCAGAUUUGGGAGCAGCUCCAAGAGGACCACCAAAGAGCCGUCAGGUUCCGAGAAGACAGGCUGGACAAGUGGUCUCGCAAGGUGCAGAGCGUGACCGUCGCUGCGCCGGCGAACAAGCUCGGCGCAAAGCCCAAGACGCUCAUCGAGGCCCUGCAAGACCAGCUCGCCAACCCCGACGACAGGCUCGUCAAACGCACGAGGGUGCCCCGAUCCUGCGCACCGGCCCAGGCAGCCAAGAAGAUCACCGAGAGCGAGGACAUUUACGACGACGCCGACUUCUACCAGCUGCUCCUGAAGGAGCUCGUGGACCAGCGCACAGUGGAGUCGGCGGCGGAGCAGUCCAGCGCGGUGGCUUCCGUGAUGCUGACCGCCAACAAGGAGGCCAAGACGCGCAAAGUGGUGGACCGGAAGGCGAGCAAGGGGCGAAAGAUGCGCUUCACGGUGCACGAGAAGCUGCAGAACUUCAUGGCGCCUGAGGACAGGAGGAGCUGGGAGCAGGAGGCGAUUGAUCGCUUCUUUGGGACGCUGUUUGGUCAGAAGAUGGAGCUUAAUGAGGACGAGAGCGAGGAUGAUGAGAUGGAGGCUUUGUAUAAGCAGGAUGAGGGACUGCGGCUGUUUAGAUGA